GCCGGUUCAGAUAACACUCGUAAUUUAUCCAUCGUUUUCCGUUCGAGACGAAACAAAGCAGCUUGAGAUUCGCUAUUAUCGGCAUAGAUGUGGCAGCAUAAUUACAUCAUCCGACGAAAUAAGUCCAAGCAAAGUCAAACGAUAAGCAAGGAUUCCAUUUCGAUGUCGUUCAUUUACAAGUUUGUUCUCGAGGCAACUAGUCAGAUUUCCAGCUUAGGGAAAAGAUGAGAAACGCCGUUGGAACGAGUGUCUUCCUGAUUGUAUUGCCUUCCAUUUUGGGGCAAAUUUGCUUGAAUCGAAUAAAGAAACCUUAUGCAAAAGCGAAGUCUUACCUGCGUCAAGACACAACUACUUGCUACUACAAUUGUUGGAGCGGCCAGUAUAACAAAAAGGUUAGUUAUAGUUAUUAUACCAAUUCCUGUGAUCUGGAAUAUACCAUGGAAAAUGAGUACGGCUGCUGCGAAGGAUACGUGAAGGUAAAUGGAAAAUGCGUUCCAGCUUGCAGUAGCGGUUGCCCUAAUGGACGAUGUACAGGUCCGGAUCAGUGUACCUGCAAUCAAGGGUUCGUGCUAGAGAACGGGAUUUGCCAGCCGAAGUGCUUCGACUGCCAGAAUGGAGAAUGUGUUGCCCCAGAUGUGUGCGUUUGCAAGGAAGGAUAUGAGAAAAACGAGCAAAAAGUUUGCGUUCCCAGCUGUCGGGAAGCUUGUAUCGGUGGGUAUUGCAACGAGCGCCGGGAAUGUGUUUGCCCGAGUGAUCAGUUCUUCAAUCCGAAGCUCUUGGAAUACGGACUGAAGAACGGUACGGUCUGUACAGGGAAGUGCGAUCGUGUGUGUUUAAAUGGAUACUGUAUUGGGAGGAAUUUGUGCAGGUGUUUACCGGGAUUCAUGCCUUCCGGAAAUGAUCGAUUCAUCUGUCUGGCGGUUUGUGAUCCGGGAUAUGUAGAUUGUACCAAUGGAGAAUGCAUUGCUCCGAAUACCUGUAAGUGUAGGGACGGUUUCCAACUGGAGAAAAAUAGAUGCGUUCCGGUAUGCGAACCGAAUUGCAUCAAAGGAAUUUGUAGCAGUCCAGAUAAAUGUACGUGCAACACAGGCUAUAAACCUAAAACCGCUGGAAGUAACGAAUGUGUUUCGAAAUGUGAUCCACCCUGCAAGAAUGGAGUAUGUGUAGCUCCCAACACCUGUCAGUGUCUGCAUGGGUUUGUGAAGUCUUCCGGUUUUACAAAGCAGCAAUGUGUACCGAUUUGCGAUCCAAAGAUAGUUGAUUGCGGAAACGGUUCAUGCGUUGGACCCAAUCGAUGCCAAUGCAAUCCAGGAUUCUUACUUCACAAGAACAAGUGUAUUCCGGAGUGUUCACCUGGAUGCAUCAACGGUUUCUGUGCUGCACCAAACCAGUGUACGUGCAACAUAGGAUUCAAACCAAAUAACACCACGUUUUCUUGCAUUCCUAGUUGCGAUCCACCUUGCGAAAACGGAGACUGUGUGUCACCAAACACUUGCCAAUGCUACUACGGAUACGAACACCAAAGUCCCGAAGACUCCAGCAGAUGCUCACCUCAGUGUGACUCCAGUAUCGUUAACUGUGACUACGGAGCCUGUGUUGAACCGAAUCGCUGUGAAUGUGAUCCAGGAUACGAGUUUCAGAAGAAUAGGUGCGUCCCAAUUUGCGAUCCUCCUUGUUUGAACGGGAUCUGUUCCAGUCCCGGCGAUUGCAGCUGUUCACCAGGCUACGCAAAACGCGUAGACAAGAGCCACAUUUGUGAACCAAUGUGCGAUCCACCUUGCCGAAAUGGUCGAUGCACUGCUCCCAACGAAUGUAAAUGUUUGCAUGGUUAUGAGCGAUCAUCUACCGAACGGAACAUAUGCAACCCGAUUUGCAAUUCAAGCUACGUGAAUUGUACUUAUGGCGACUGUGAAGCGCCGAAUACCUGUUUCUGUUGGAAAGGUUAUCAGCUGAUGCGGGACGGAUGCGUUCCUGUAUGCGAUCCGGAUUGUAUUAACGGGGUGUGCGAAGGUCCUGGGAAAUGUAACUGCCAUGUAGGAUACGCUAAAGGGCCCAGAGAAGACAAUGAAUGCGUGCCAAUUUGUGAUCCACCUUGUAGCAAUGGAAACUGUAUUGCUCCAAACGAGUGUCAAUGCCUGCAUGGUUAUGGAAAAUCUUUAGAUUACCCGAAUGGCUGCAAUCCACUUUGCGAUCCUAAGGUAGUCGAUUGUGGCAAUGGAAUCUGCAUUGGUUCGAAUCGUUGCAAAUGUAAUUCUGGAUAUGUAUUUCACGGAAAUAACUGCACCCCUGAAUGUCCUGGUGGAUGCAGCAAUGGAUACUGUUCUGGCCCCGAAGAAUGCUCCUGUUACGAAGGAUUCGAGGUCGGUAAUCGAAGCAAUGUCUGCGUCCCAAGCUGCAAUCCACCAUGUAGAAAUAGCGUUUGCAUUGCGCCGAACACCUGCAAAUGUUUCCGUGGCUUUAAGGAAGACAAAAUUGAAGCCAAUAGUUGUCUACCGGUUUGUAAACCUGAAAUUUUUAAUUGUACGUUCGGAAGCUGUAUCGGACCGAACCACUGCGAAUGCCUACCAGGGUACGUUUUGCAUCAAGAUCGCUGUAUUCCUGUAUGUGAUCCUCCGUGCACAAAUGGAGUUUGUUCCGAGCCCGGUGAUUGUCGGUGUCUUGCUGGUUACACUAAUCGGUUGGAUGAACUGCAUGUAUGCGGUCCCGAAUGCGACCCUCCCUGUCAUAAUGGAACCUGCGUAGCACCCAACGAGUGUCAAUGUUUGCAUGGUUACGAGCGUUUGAACGGAACCUGUGAACCAGUUUGCGAUUCCAGAUUCAUCAACUCAACAACCGGUCAGUGCGUAGCACCAAACGUCCUUCUAUGCAACGAAGGUUACUGGCUGCAGCGAUCCAACGAUUCCGGAUUGAUCGAAUGUGUUUCGGACGACACUUAUGAAACCAAGCAAGACCUCAGACUUACAAAUGAAUCGCUUUGCGAUUCGACCUUGGUAGACUGCUCGUCAGGAUAUUGCAUUGGAGACAACGAGUGCCAAUGUGCGGAUGGCUACGAAUUGGCAAACAACGGAACCGUAGAUGGAUGCUGGCCUAUUUGCGAGGAUCUUCCCAUCAAUGCGGAUUGCGUGGAACCAGGAAGGUACGAGUGUUGGGAUGGUUACAGAAGACAUGAUGACGAUAGCUGCGAGCCAUUCUGUGAGCGACCAUGUGGUAACGGUAGCUGUAUUGAACCGAACAUCUGCCAGUGUUGGGAAGGAUAUGAACUGGAUGACGGAGAGGGGGUUUGCUUGGCCAGUUGUGAAGUACAAUGCGAUGCUGUAAGCGGCCUUUGUGUAGAGGAAUUUUGCAUUUGUGAAGAAGGCUAUGAUAACUUGGAGAGCAACUUCAGCUGUAGUCCGGUGUGCGAGAAUUGCAGUAAUGGGAUAUGUGAAGUGCCUGGUAACUGUACUUGCUUCGAAGGUUACGAGAUGUCAAAUGAAACCGAAACGUGUGAACCGGCUUGCGGCAACUGUACAAACGGUAUCUGUCAGGAACCAGAGGUUUGCAUGUGUAACGAAGACUAUGAACAACGAGAAGUUGAUGGAGAAUUGCAAUGUGUACGAACCAUUAUAACUCUAGCAUGGCUUGAACAGUUGAGCUCAUACGCACUCUUGGGUGUGUUGCCGAUCGUCGCUACCGUUGCAACUCUUGUAGUAAUCUAUAAAUUUUCACGUGGCUUCUGUAGAAAGAAAGAAGAUAGCGCAACCAUGCACGAUACAAAUUGUGAUAAUGCAAUUCAAGACUGUGAUCUUUGAGUCAACCAUUGUUUUCUUAAAGUUCCACCCCAUUAGUGUUUUUAUGUAGAAUAAAUCGAGAGCAUCUCCCACCCUAUGAAAUAUAAUUACUUGCAUCUGCCGCCUUUCAGAGCAGUCAACGUAGCGUCGAGGAAGUCACUUUUCCAAAAGCCCUUAAUGACAUUUUUCGCACCAAAAGAAGGAUGGAAUCCCGUUGAACGACUAUAAUUAACCUUUCCCCGCUUUUCCUUCUCUUCGGCUACGUUGAAGUACAGAGGAAGUUCCUUUCACCAUCCAUCGAAAAUCAUAUCGAUCUACGCCAGGAACAAGCUCCAGCUCAGCGAUGUUGCAGUGACGAUGUAAAAACUUUCACUCUAAUUAAAAGUAUUUAUGGAACUAUAAAAAAUAAUCCUUGUGCAUCUUUGCUUCCGUACCUUCCGUUCCGUCCGGAGUUCCAGAAGGCAGUCCAUCCUCGCACGUUGCACGUAUUGAAAUAAUAGGGUACUUAAAAAUUAUGUUUUUAAGCUUCUAUCUUGUCGCGUUUGGUCAUACUUCGUCGUCGUCCUCACAACGGAAAAGUCAAAGUUCAAAAGAUAGACACAGACACAGACACUGAGAGAGAGAGAGAGAGAUACACUAUGGGAAUGCUAAAGUUUACACGCUCUGUGACCAAUGCAUGGCGGAAAUGUCUUCCAAAGCUGCUGUACAUGAUUAAGCCGAUAAUGAUAUUAUGGGCGGAAGCUAGGAAAACUUUCGUCGCCCG